AUGUAUAUACCAUACGUAGAGUGCUCUCAAUUUUGUGGCGGUGUAGUUCAAGGCCUGAAUGGAACCAUAGAGUCGCCCGGCUUCCCUCACGGUUAUCCCAACUACGCCAACUGCACGUGGCUGAUCAUCACGGGAGAGAGGAACCGGAUACAGCUUAGCUUCGUCACGCUGGCUCUGGAGGAGGACUUUGAUAUAGUGUCAGUCUACGAUGGGCAGCCUUCACCUGGAAACCUAAAGCUGAGGCUGAUGAAGAAAGUCCACCCACAUCGGCUCUUGGGACCUUACGAAGUGAUCCUGCAAUAA